GCGCCCGCCACAGCCCGCGUCGCUUUGGGGAAAUCUGACAGAAAAUGUUCCUAGAUGAAUGUUGGAAGGCGCUGCUUCGUGACUGUGCACAUCCAGGAAGGAAAAGCCAACUUCUGGUUAGGUUCUCGGCUGUUAUUCGGUUAAUCACUGCGUCGUUUCGUCGAAGGUCGGCGUGAAAACCCCGAAAAACGGCGGGAGUUUCUCCGCAGAGCCGCAGCGUGAAGCAGGUUUUUGGUAGAAAACAGCCCGAUGCCGCUCCGGCCCAAAGGAAGAGCCGCUCCGCGUUUUACCCGCCUCUCCCCGCCGCAGUGGGAGGAAGUCGAACCACAAAGCCAGCGGUGCCGCCGCGCCGAAGAAAAAACCCCGAAAACACGCACGUGAAGACUGGCUCGCGCUGAACGUGAGCCGUAUUACUGCAGGAAACCGAGCAGCGAAGGAAGCGGGCACGCGGGGAGGCAGCCGCUCGGAACCCGCCGUACCAGGACUGCCCGAACACCGACAGCCUGACAGGCAGGACCCGCACGGGGUUCGCUCCCGGUUUUUGAUUUAAAAUCACAUUUCUGAAGGGGGUAGGUAGCGCGGUUCGCUAGAGACGAGCGGGAGUCCGCGUCCGCUCGAUUCUUCAGGAAAAGUUGCAGAGGCGAACCACCGCUCUUCAUCUCCCUCCGCCGUCCGCGUCACCGCCGUCCUCAGUCCGGAGCCCUGCGCUGGCUCUCCUCAUGGGAAGCGCGCGCCCCCUCCUCCCCAUCGAGCCCGGGACACCCCAGCGAGAAGCCAUGGAUUAUGUGACCGGACGCUGCUGAUGUUUUUCGGGCCCGCUGGACUGUCGAAGGCUGCUCCGCCGAAACGCAGCGACACUUCCCCUAAACGAGGCGGCAGCGGAGCCGUUAGCCUCCGCGUCAGCGCGCGGCUCGAGCCAGUCUGUCAGUGAGUGCUUACGGUCGGGACCGGCGGGGGGCAUUUUAGCACGCCCGCGAUUUAAAGCGGUAAUAAAAACCAGAACAAGCCCCCCCCCACAGCAAAGUUUACAGCGCAAACUGCUCGAGUUAACGUCAGCUAGCCUCCUGGCUAGUGCGGUUCUUUAGCUAGCUAGCGUCGUGGCUAACUAGCAAAUAUCGACCCGCGCCAGUCCGCGAGCGCAGGAAGUGGGAUUGGGUUCUGAUUAGUUAAUCCCGCCGAUUUGCCCGGAUUGGAUUUUGGUGCUGAAACCCCUCGAAGUGUUAAUCUGCAUCUUUUCCGGUCUGGUUUGAUGGAUGCGCGGACGCGGAACAUCUCAGCCUGAACAGGAAGCCCCGAACCGACGUCAAAACGAACCGACCCGGAGCUCGGAUUUUAUUUGAGCCCGGGCUCAUGUUUCACCGGAGACCUGCACGCGCUCCUCUGUGCCAAAGCCCGCGCGAGACACUCGCAUUUUUGGGUGCAUAACCGAGGACUAGAUUACAGAUCUGAGCCUCCCUCCCCCCAAAAAGCCUUUUUUACCCCCCUCCCCGACUGCUGGUUUGACACCAGCGGGACCAGACACACGUGUCCCAGUUCUGCUGCAUCCGAGGCCCGGGAGGAGGCCGGCCCCCGCCUGCCAUUUUUACUGAAAAUACAGCCUUUUUGUUUACAUUUGAAGGACCCCCCCCCCCCCCCACCCGAAACUCAUGCCAAAGUGGAGCCGGACCGGCGCGUUUGGACUCUUCUGCAGCAGGGACGCCCCCGGGCACGCGGACGGCCUGACAGCUGUUUUCUGAUCCACAUCUCGGCGCGUGAAACGAGGAAGUCCGCGCACGCGGCCCGCUCACACUCCCGCAGCUUUGCGUUAAAUGGGAUUACAGAAGCGGUGAUCUGCGGGCCCGAUUGAUCUGUGGAUGAGCCCACCCUAAACCCCCUUGGUGAUGGUUGUUUGAGGCUCGGUUCCGGUCCCGGAUGUUGGUCCGGUUUGCAGUUCAUCCGCAGCGUGAUGCAGAAGUACCUGGAGGAGAGAGACGAACUGACGUUUGACAAAAUCUUCAACCAGAAAAUUGGCUUCCUGCUGUUCAAAGAUUUCUGCUUUAACGAGAUCGACGAAGCCGUGCCGCAGCUCAAGUUCUACGAAGAGAUUAAGGAGUACGAGAAGCUGGACUCGGAGGAGGAGCGGCUGAGCCGCAGCCGGCUGAUCUACGACGUCUACAUCAUGAAGGAGCUGCUGUCCUGCUCACAUCCGUUCUCCAAGAAGGCCGUGGACCACGUGCAGAGCCACCUGGCCAAGAAGCAGGUCCCCCCCAACCUCUUCCAGCCGUACAUCGUGGAGAUCUGCGACAGCUUGAGAGGGAAGAUCUUCCAGAAGUUCAUAGAGAGUGACAAGUUCACCCGGUUCUGCCAGUGGAAGAACGUGGAGCUGAACAUCCACCUGACCAUGAACGACUUCAGCGUCCACCGGAUCAUCGGCAGGGGCGGCUUCGGGGAGGUGUACGGCUGCAGGAAGGCCGACACGGGGAAGAUGUACGCCAUGAAGUGUCUGGACAAGAAGAGGAUCAAGAUGAAGCAGGGGGAGACGCUGGCGCUCAACGAGAGGAUCAUGCUGUCGCUGGUCAGCACCGGGGACUGCCCCUUCAUCGUCUGCAUGACGUACGCCUUCCACACCCCCGACAAGCUCUGCUUCAUCCUGGACCUCAUGAACGGAGGAGACCUGCACUACCACCUGUCUCAGCACGGCGUCUUCAGCGAGAAGGAGAUGCGCUUCUACGCCGCCGAGAUCAUCCUGGGUCUAGAACACAUGCACAAUCGCUUCGUGGUCUACAGAGACCUGAAGCCCGCCAACAUCCUGCUGGACGAGCACGGCCACGUCCGGAUCUCCGACCUCGGCCUGGCCUGCGACUUCUCCAAGAAGAAGCCGCACGCCAGCGUCGGCACGCAUGGCUACAUGGCGCCGGAGGUUCUGCAGAAGGGGACGGCGUACGACAGCAGCGCAGACUGGUUCUCUUUAGGAUGUAUGCUGUUCAAGCUCCUGCGAGGGCACAGCCCCUUCAGACAGCACAAGACCAAAGACAAACACGAGAUCGACCGCAUGACGCUGACCAUGAACGUGGAGCUGCCAGACUCGUUCACGGCCGAGCUCAAAGACCUGCUGGAAGGGCUCCUGCAGAGGGACGUGUCCAAGAGGCUGGGCUGCCAGGGCCGCGGGGCUGCAGAGGUGAAGGAGCAUCCCUUCUUCAAAGGCAUCGACUGGCAGCAGGUUUACCUGCAGAAGUACUCCCCGCCUCUAAUCCCUCCCAGGGGGGAGGUGAACGCCGCAGACGCGUUCGACAUCGGCUCGUUCGACGAGGAGGACACCAAGGGCAUCAAGCUGCUGGACAGCGACCAGGAGCUGUACAAGAACUUCCCGCUGGUCAUAUCGGAGCGCUGGCAGCAGGAAGUGGCGGAGACGGUCUACGAGGCCGUCAACUCGGACACGGACAAGAUCGAAGCUCGCAAACGGGCCAAGAACAAGCAGCUGGGCCACGAGGAAGACUACGCCCUGGGGAAGGACUGCAUCAUGCACGGAUACAUGCUGAAGCUCGGGAACCCCUUCCUCACGCAGUGGCAGCGCCGCUACUUCUACCUGUUCCCCAACCGGGUGGAGUGGAGGGGCGAGGGCGAGUCGCGGCAAAACCUGCUGACCAUGGAGCAGAUCGUGACGGUGGAGGAGACGCAGAUCAAAGACAAGAAGUGCAUCCUGCUGCGCAUCAAAGGAGGGAAGCAGUUCGUGCUGCAGUGCGAGAGCGACCCCGAGUUCGUGCAGUGGAAGAAGGAGCUGACGGAGGCGUUCACGGAGGCGCAGAAGCUGCUGCGCCGCGCCCCCAAGGUGAUCGGGAAGAGCCGCGGCGGCGUGCUGGACCAGCCCAAACCCCCCCUCACACACCGCAACAGCAACGGCCUGUGAACGCACACACGCACCCGGAGACGCACACACACGCACGCACACACACCGCACCCCCUCAUCACUGCAGGACUGACGCCGGCCACGCCCACUCUGCACGCCGGCCACGCCCACUUCACACGCCAGCCAACCAGAGGCGACGCUCCCU